GCGCAGUUAACGGGGGGCCGGAGGAGGGGAGGUUGGUGGGUGGGGCUCCUCGUCCGUCAGUGUUGAAAGUAGAGGGGGGCGGUCCCUGUAAGUAAACCGUGAUGUGGAGCGAGCUGAGCAGUAUGCUGCGGGGUGCUGCCCGGGUGGGGAAGGCUUUCGCAGAGACACAGGGGGAUCAGCUGCGAUCUGCUGCCUGCAACUCUCUGCUGGGCGCUGGGUUGAAGAAGGCGCAGGUCUCGAUGGAGGAGUGCCUCAGUUCUCUUCUUGUGGAGAGGAAGCGAGGAGUCCGAGAAUUUAAAGAGGAACCAACUCCUUACGAAGGUGAAGACGAUGCUUCGCGGUGGAACUUUGCGUCAGAAAUGGCUCCAGACUAUUCUGCUGGCGACACAGCAGGAGGGCAGCAAGGAUCACCGGCUUCUCCAUGGGAGGAGAGUUCGUCCGGUGCUGGAACGGCACGAACACAGGACAUUGCCCCUUCACCGGGGAGACGAUUCAAGGGCAACAGCAAAGACUUUGUAGGGCCAACUGGCCCUGGUGUAGGGCAGACAAGAUCGUUCCACGAGGAUACCUCAGUGAGGGGCCUGACAGCAGAAGACAUUGCCAAAGCCAGAGACACCAAACAAAACAGAGAGAAAUGGAGUCAGCCCAAAGGACCAAGGCAAACGUUAAGUGACCGAGCUCGUGAAAGGAAAGUUCCAUCUUCACGAAUCAGUCGACUGGCCAACUUUGGAGGUUUGGCAGUGAGUUUGGGCAUCGGCGCCUUGGCGGAAGUGGCCAAAAAUUCAUUGAACGGAAGACAGAAGUUGAACGUUGUUAUUCCAUUGGAAUCGGUUACUAGACGUAUCUGGAAUGGGCAUCAACGCAUAAAACGCUGGAGGAACUCAGCAGACAAUAAGGCACUGCUCGACUCCAACCCCUUCCUAUCGGAGGCGAAUGCAGAACGAAUCGUCGAUACCCUGUGCAAGGUGCGAGGAGCCGCUCUGAAGAUAGGACAGAUGCUGAGCAUUCAGGACAACAGUUUCAUCAACCCCCAGCUCCAGCAGAUCUUCGAGCGUGUGCGACAGAGUGCGGACUUCAUGCCCAUUUGGCAGACGACGAAAGUUCUAGACACAGAGCUGGGCCCAGACUGGCGUGAUAAGUUGGCGGUGUUUGAGGAGAGGCCGUUUGCCGCUGCUUCGAUCGGGCAGGUGCAUCACGGAGAACUGAAGGAUGGCCGGGAGGUAGCCAUUAAGAUCCAGUAUCCAGGAAUAGCUCGAAGCAUCAAGAGUGACGUUGAGAAUCUCCUGUCGGUGUUGAAGAUGAGCAUCGCACUGCCUGAAGGUUUGUUUGCUGAGAGCGCCCUUGUGGUACUGAGGCGUGAGCUGGAAUGGGAGUGCGACUACAUCCGGGAGGCAGCCUGCGCCAAGAGAUUCAGGGGGCUCCUGAAGGACGACCCUUUCUUCUACGUUCCGGCAGUGAUCGAUGAACUCACAACGAAGCGAAUUCUUACUGCGGAGCUGGUGACGGGAGUGCCUCUGGACAAGUGUGAGGGCCUCGAUCAGUCCACUCGAAAUAAGAUCUGUUCCAGCAUACUUGAAUUGUGCCUCCGUGAGGUUUUUGAGUUCAGAUUCAUGCAGACCGACCCAAACUGGUCCAAUUUCUUCUUUGAUGUGGAGAAGCAGAAGUUAACUUUAUUGGAUUUUGGAGCAAGCAGGGAGUUUGGUAAAGAAUUUACAGAUAACUACAUUGAGGUGGUCCGGGCAGCUGCUGAUGGUGACCGAGGGAAAGUGCUGCAGAAGUCCAGGGAUUUGAAAUUCCUAACUGGAUACGAGACAAAGGUCUUCGAGGAUGCUCAUGUGGAUGCUGUUAUGACUCUCGGGGAGGCGUUUGCUCAGUCCCAGCCCUUUGACUUUGGGUCCCAGGACACCACCCGUCGGAUCCAGAGCCUGAUUCCGGUGAUGCUGAAGCACAGGCUGACUCCCCCUCCCGAGGAAUCCUACUCCCUCCACCGUAAAAUGGCCGGCUCCUUCCUCAUUUGCUCCAAACUGCAGGCGGCCAUCACUUGCAAGGGGAUGUUUGACCUGAUCUACGCCAGAUAUUUCAACCAAUUGGAAGAGGAGCCAUUUAAGAUGCAGCGUCCAUCGGUGGCCUAGGUUCAGGAGAACAGCUUGGGAGAUAGGACACUGGAUGUAUGCUUUAUGGAUAACAUUUCUUUUGGCGGAUUCUGGGUGCUGUAAGUGGAAUCUGACCAUUUACUCAGCUUCCAUUGACACCAGUGUCCAAGGGAACAUUCAGCUUACAGAAUGCUGCUGAGUUUCACUGCCUCUCUUACCCUGAUAACUCCUCAAUGUGCAUUUGAACAUUGAACACUGAAGCUUGUAUCAAUGAACGUCAAGUUUGUGAGCCUGUGAAAGUGUUAUUUUAAAAUAAAUAUU